CUAUCAAAUUUGACAAGGUGUUAUUUAAUGUGAUAUAAUUUUAUAUAGAAAUAUUUAAUCGUGCUCAUGUUUUGAAAUAUGUGUGAACAAAUAUUUGGACAUGUUAAAAAAAAUAUUAAUUCGUGUACGAUGGCGUAUACUACUUUUAUGUGGUAUAGGACUAUGGAUAGCACUUUGUGCAAAUGAUCUGUAUUAUAAUAAUGAAUUAAUACUUUCUGAAGAUAAGGUAUUUCCAACAACAAGGACAACAGCACAAGAAAAUACAAUUAAAAAGAGGAGUACUUUAAUGAGUAUUUCACAUUUUAUUGAACAAAGUCACAAAUCAUGGGGUACCAUAAGAAAAUCAAGAGUAUUAACGACUUUUGUUGUCAUUUUCGUAUCUAUUUGGUUCAUUUUAUUUACUACAUGUUUUGAAAAUUAUAUAAGAAGAAAAUCAGAGAAAUUUAUAAACACGCCAGACAACAAGAAAAAACUUAAUACUAAUUCCAGUAAAAAAACAUUGACAAAUGUUGGUGUCCAAGUACCAAUAUAUCCUUUUUAUUACACACUAUCAUCAUUUAGUACAAACUCCACUAUUUUACACCGAGAAUCAACAACACGUUUCGAAAGUAAUGACACAUGGUCGAGUACUACGCAAUCAAAUCAAGAAUGGUUUUCAAUAAUGAAAUCUUCAUCAAAUAUUUUAUCUUAUUCUUUCGAAGAAAAUCAAAAUGAACAAAAAAUUAUUAGUAAAGAUUUAAAAAAACACAGGGAUAUUAUUUGCAAUAAUAAUAAUAAUGCCUAUGACCCACACAAGUUUGCAUAUUCGUACAAUGAAUUUGACGUUUUUCAAUGUGAACACGUAUCUCAAUUAAUUUAUUAUAUUAAUUUAAGUCGUUCACUUCAUUUUCAAUCAACUUUAUUCUCUCAAAGAUAUACCGUUAGUAUAUUUAAUACUUUCACUUCCUUAUCGACUAAAUACAUGUUGAACUCUUCUUGGUCGGUAAAAUAUUUGUACAAACAAAAUGGCGUUUUCAAUGAUAACGGCGAAAGAACAAUUAAUUCUAAUAAAUUAAAAAUGGCAAAUUUUUGGUCGAAAAGAAAGGAAAAGAUAUGUAUUAUUAGUUCUUCGCCAGAAUUUCAACAGUUUUUAGCUAAUUUCAAGAAUUUCAGGUAUACGCCACAAUCAUUAUAUUCUUUGAAAAUUUGUCAAUAA